AUGGUCCGCAUCUCCUCUAUCGUCAUGUUCUUCCUUGCGAGCGCGUUAUCAGUGCAAGCAUGCACCUAUUGUCAGUGCGAAUUCUCAAAUGGUGACCACUGCUGUGUCUAUUCGGACGCUGAAAUUGGCAGCCUCGAUUGCACCACCUAUUGCGCCAAUGCUCAUCGCGCAGAUGGUGCAGAUAGUUCAACUGGGCCCGGAACUGCAUGCGCAGCUGGAGGAAAAUACGAGUGCGCGAGUGCCUUCACAGCUUUGGACCGUACCCCAUGUUACAAGCAGUAA